AUGUCCUCCCAUGUAAAACUCUCGCGGGUGUGUCUGCGGCCCGUCGGCUCAAGAGGCAUCCGUCAAUUGACCCGGCAAGAAAAGCGUUCGCAACAUGACUUCAACCACUUCGUCCGUACAGAAGCUGCCGAUGCGACGGCGACCGCUCCCCCGACGGAGACGGGUACGAGGCCAUUGUUCAAGCUAGCAGUAAAGGACAACAUCGCGACUCAGGACCUGCCGACAACAUGCUCCUCGGCCAUCCUCUCCUCCUACAGGAGCCCCUACGAGGCCACCAUCGUGCGCCAACUCCGAGAACGAGGCGCCCACGUCGUCGGCAAGACGAACAUGGAUGAGUUUGGUAUGGGAUCGCACUCGCUGAACUCGAUACACGGGCCGGUGCUCAAUCCGCUGUCACCGGUCGCCACCUCGGCAGGCGGGAGCUCUGGAGGAAGCGCGGUCGCGGUUCAGACGGGCGAGGCGGACGUGGCGCUAGGCACGGACACCGGAGGCUCGAUUCGUCUUCCGGCGGCGUACUGCGGUGUUGUGGGGUACAAGCCUUCGUACGGCAUGCUGUCUAGGUUCGGCGUCGUGCCGUAUGCGAACUCGCUCGACACUGUCGGCCUGCUUGCGAAGGAGGUGGGCGUCAUCGAGGACCUGGUGUUCGGCACUGGUCUGGACGGGGAGCACGACGCCCGGGACCCAACGUCCCUCUCGCAGAGCUUCAGGAAGAGACAGCAGGGCCAAGGAACGGACCGCCGCUCACGCCUCAGAGUUGGCAUCCCCCUCGAGUACAACAUCGAGGAGCUGGACCCGCAGAUCAGAGCCGCGUGGUCCGACGCGGCAGACAAGCUCCAGCGGUUGGGCAUCGAUGUCGUUCCCGUCUCCCUCCCAUCGACCAAGCACGCACUCUCGGCAUACUACGUCAUCGCGCCUGCCGAGGCCUCCUCCAACCUCGCAAAGUACGACGGCGUCCGUUACGGGACCCGCGGUGACGAGAGCGACGGCGCGGGCGAGGUCCUCUACUCCAAGACGCGUGGCCUCGGCCUCGGCGACGAGGUUCGGCGCCGCAUCCUUCUCGGGUCCUACAGCCUGAGCUCCGAGGCCAUGGACAACUACUUCGUCCAGGCGCAGCGGGUGCGCAGGCUUGUGCAGCGCGACUUCGACCGCGUCUUCCGGCUCGCGAACCCGCUGUACGACGAGCGGCAGUUCGACCUGAGCGACAUGGGGGACGGGGUCGAGCUGCAGGACAAGCUUGGGCCGUCGCAGGUCGACUUCCUGCUGUGCCCCACGGCGCCGACCUUCGCGCCGCGGAUCGAGGACAUCGAGCGCCAGACGCCGGUGCAGGUGUAUAUGAACGACGUCUUCACCGUGCCGGCGAGCCUGGCGGGGCUACCCGCCAUCAGUAUCCCGACGAGGGUCGACGCGCCUCACGCCGAGGCGGAUGCCAGCCGCAGGGUGGCCGGGCUGCAGCUGAUCGGCCAGUACUGGGACGACAGGCAGCUACUCGGUGUGGCCAAGGACCUCUCCCGUCUCCUCUCUGCCUAA